AUGUCUCUUUCAAAAGCACAGCAAGCCAUACCUCGGCGAUGCGAAAGAUGUAAACAAACUCGCAAGGGCUGUAACCGUGGUCGUCCUUGUGCACGAUGCAUCGCCGCAGGAAUAGGCUAUGAGGGCUGUGUUCCAGCAGUCGACGGCCGUAAUCCAGGGAAAAGAGCCACGAAGAAGGCAGAUCCGGCUUCAGACGAUGUGGAGACUGAACAAGAAGAGGAGGACAUUCAAGUACCAUCAAGCUCGUAUAGAGCCAGAGGACAGGACCUCACUUCCCUUGCAGGUUCUGUCACUCGCACACCACUAACAGAGGAGAACUUCAAUACCCCUGCCACACCUCGGCGCCUUGAGAUCCGUCUUCAGCCUCCUGCGUCUGUCCCCAGAGACAGCUAUCUUGGCCACACGGGUCCGGCUCUUGUAACUGACGCCAAUGGUACGGCUCACCUUCAACUGGCCCCUUCUGGGCAGGAGAACUCCGUUUCGACCGUCUUGAAGGAUAAGUUGGCUGACGAGCAACGUAACAAGAUGCCUUUCGUGAGCACCUCCAGUGCUACCAUGGCUCUUCAGACACCAUCGAAGAGAAAGGCUCAGGAGGCGCUCCAGCCCAACUUCGACGAGAAGAAGCACGUGCUGACGCCGUCUGCUCAGAGCAUUGAGGCGCCGGGCCCGCGGACCACCCAUACCUUGCGAAGCGCUUUAGAUCUCGCCAACGAGCAAGGCUUUCAGGGUGUCAAGUCCUGGGAGAACGAGGAGUCGGGCCGUCAGUACAUCGAUCCGUCCAAGUUGCUCCGCCACGACCGUCACGAGGGCAAAUACUUUAUUCAUGGGACUGCAUGGUUCAACAGAUACGGUAUCUGUAUGGAGUGCGAAGAGAGUGUCGAUCAGCAUCUUUGGUGGUGUUCAGAAUGCAGGAAACAUCCGCAGGAUUGA